AUGUGUACUUCAGCGCGAUUACGAUUUGCAGCAGUUGGCUCACUGGGCUCACUUGAGUAUGCAAAAUCAUUUAUUAAUCAACCGCGUGGUAUAGCUUAUCGAGCAUCUGAUGCUUUAUUAUUUAUUGCUGAUUCAAAAAAUGAACGUGUUGUUGCAUUUACCGAAGAUAAUAAAUUGGCUAAAAUUAUAAGUAAUUAUGGAUGUAAAAAUGGUUUAGCUGUUAUGAACAAUGAUCAAAUUGUGAUGAGUGAUGAACUACAAGUUUUAAUAUUAAAUAAAGAUCUUCGUUUAAUACGCACAAUAGCUUGUGAUGAUAUUGAUGCUGGUUUAACAAAUUAUCAAGGUAUUUGUGUCGAUAAACACGAUUUAAUUUAUGUAUGUGAUCAAGCUAGUCGACAAAUAAAAGUCUAUGAUCCAAAAAGUGGAAAUAUUGUACGAUUUUUUGGCAACAAAAAUUUGUUUAGUUCACUUGCUUAUUGUGUAUCAACAAAUGAACAUAUUUAUGUUACAGAUCCACAAGGUUCAUGUGUUCAUAAAUUUACACUUGAUGGUAUAUAUGAUCAACGUUUUGGUAGUGCAAAAACAGCAGAUUUUCCUGAAGCACUUUCAAGUCCUCGCGGUAUAACUGUAUUUCCAGAUACACAACAAUUGUUAGUUGCUGAUUCACAUAAUGAUCGCUUAGUAGUUUUCGAUCAAAAUGGACAAUUUCAACAAUUAAUUACAAAUGGAAUUGAAUAUCCUGAAUCAUUAGCAGUUAAUACAAAAGGAAAUAUGUUUGUUGCUAUGAAUGAUCGUAUUGGCAUAUUUGCUCGGGAACAAUAA